AUGCAUGUACAUGAAUUAAUCAUUUAUCCAAUAAAAUCAUGUGCUGGUAUUAAAGUAAAAGAAGCACUUAUGACAAAAUAUGGUUUAGCUGUCCCAUCAAAUCCUCGAAUAUUUGAUAGACGAUGGAUGAUAGUAAAAAAUGGUCGACAUCAAACAAUACGUGUUCUACCUCGUAUGACACUUAUUCAGCCCGUAAUUGUCGAAAAUGGUCUGUCUCUUCAAGCUCCUAACAUGCCAGAUCUUCAUAUUUCAGUGAAUCCAUUACCAAAAGAAGUGCUUGAAUGCACUUGUUGGGAUGCUCCUAUUCUUGGGUUACGUUACGAUGAUAAUGUUUCUCAAUGGCUUCGAACUUUUUUCGAAACAGAAGAUGAACUCGAUCUAGUUGUAUUCGAUGAUGAAAAAUUCGAAGGUCGUGCAACAAAAGAUGCUGAUGUACCUAAUAUUGCUCGUGAUGGAGAUGUUGUUGCUUAUCAUGAUAUGAGUCCAUUACAUAUAUGUUCAUUACAAUCACUAUCUGAUCUUAAUACACGAUUAGAAAAAAAAAUUGAAAUCUAUAACUUUCGACCUAAUGUUGUUUCAACCGGUUUAAAUAAACCUUUUGAUGAGGAUUAUUGGCGAGAAAUUGAAAUUGGUGAUGUUAAAUUAAGUUGGGUUGCACCGUGUACUAGAUGUCUACUACCAACAGUUGAUCCAAAAACAGGCAUUAAAGAUCCUAAUUCAGAACCAUAUAAAACAUUACGAAGCUAUCGUCUCAAGAAAGAUCCGUAUGGUGCAAGUUCUUUAUUUGGAAUUGAUUUAGUAUCAACGGACCAAAGUCGUCACAUUACAGGCACUAUGCAUGUUAACGAUCCAAUUCGAGUAAUAAAAGAUGAUCCAGAUUUUUGGGAAAAAAGUUGA